CUGUUAUUAAUGCCGAAGGUAACUCUCCAGGCAGGACAGGCCCUGUCUACUUAGUUAAUGGAAGCGCCAUUUCAUUGUGUACUUUUACUAUCCGGAUUAUUUCCAUUGUCAGAUGAUGUUGAUGACGGCCAGAGUCUGGCUGGCUCAGAGGCUGCAGCAAGUAUCUCUCGUGCACGUCUAGCAACUCCGUUUACUGAGGCAGGGAAGAAUAAAAUGACAGAGGCGAGGAUUAACGAAUGUCACCGAGCAGUGGUAAAGUUUGUGGUAAAGGGUUUGCACCCGUUUGCCACAGUGGAUGCCUCUGCAUUUCGCGAGAUGAUAAAGACUCUCAACCCAAAAUACAAUGCCCCAAACAGAGACAGUUUAACAAAUCAUCUGAUUCCUGCUUGGUGUGGGGUUGAAAAGAGCAAUCUGAUCACAGAACUGAAACAUGUCAAACAUGCAGCCAUCACAGCAGAUGGUUGGACUAGUUUCAGUCAAGACCACUACCUCACUGUAACAUUGCACUAUGUCAGGGAAGGUCAGAGUAAAGAUAAAGUCCUCCAAACCAGAGCAGUGUACAAAGCUCAAACAGGGAUAGCUGUGGCCGAGGAGAUUGAGGGGAUCCUGGAGGAGUUUGGAGUGAAAGAGAAGGUGGUGGCAGCAACUAUGGAUAACGCAGCAAAUAUAAAUGUAGCUGUGAAAACGCUAAAUAUCUUCAAGUUUCCAUGUUUUGCGCACACACUUAACCUUGGAGCUCAAAAGCUGUACAACUGCAAUACAGUUUCCAACUGGGCAGCAAGGAUUCGUUCUGUGAUCGUAUGGAUGAAGAGAAAAGCAACCACUCCUCAGUAAGUAGUAAUAUGCCUACUGUUUAAAUACUGUACUUUAAUUGCAAGCUAACAACUUACAAAUUGUUAAAAAUUAAGUAUGAGAUGGAACUCUCUGUUUUGAGAUUUUGUGAACAGUUUGCUGCUAUUCAAGCUGCAGCUAUAGACCAAUGGCUUAGAAAUCCCAUGGAGAAGGAUAAGUAAUGUUUGAAAAAAAAAAUUACUUAUAUAAAAAUUGGUUGACUAUAGCCAUUAAAAGGGUUUUGUUUGGCAAAUAUAUAUUUGUUUAUUUUGUUUAUGUUGCAGACUGGCCAGAAUGGGCAAUGAGGACCUGAGGAAAGCAGAGGAGUUUGUGCUGCUGAUGAGGAUGCAUUACACAUCCACACUUGCUGUCUCCAGCGAAAAAAGUCCAACCUGUGGCCAGAUAUUGCCCAUACUUCAGAAACUGCGCAAACAUUACACAGUGCAGGCAGAUGACUCUGCAUUCG